AAUAUCACGAAUUUUGAAUUCUUUAUUAUCAGAAACAGCGAGCGGCAGCCUAAAUCACCGACAUUUUUCCCUUGCUAACCACUUUCUUCUAAGGGGCCCGGGCGAUAACUCCAGUUUUUCCGUGUUCAUCAUAUAUCUCCAGGGAAUAAUUGUUGUUGUUCAGAGAGAUAUGACGGAAGUUGCAGCAGCAGUGACGGAAUGUAACGUCGUCACCGCCAUGGAAGCAUCACCUCCGCAAGCUCUUCUAGAAAGGCUCAAGGAUUACGGCCAAGAAGACACUUUCGCCUUCUGGAAUGAGCUCUCGACUGAUGAACGCGAACUUCUUAUCAAAGAUAUCGAGAGUUUAGAUCUUCCGAGGAUUGAUCGGAUUAUUGGAUGCUCGUUUCGGUCUCAAGGAUUGCCAGCAGCUGCAAUUGAGCCUGUAUCGGAGAAUAUUGUGUCGACGGUGGAGCACAGGACGAUUGAGGAGAGAGAAAGGUGGUGGAAGAUGGGUUUGAAAGCCAUCCAUGGCGGCAAGCUGGCUGUCAUCCUAUUGUCCGGUGGUCAGGGAACUCGGCUUGGAAGCUCAGAUCCUAAGGGUUGUUUUAAUAUAGGACUUCCUUCCAGAAAGUCACUUUUCCAACUUCAGGCUGAGCGAAUUUGGUGUGUUCAAAGAUUAGCAGCUCAAUUUAUGAGUGAGGGCUUAGCAGAUGUCAUCCCAAUCCACUGGUACGUAUUGACUAGUCCCUUUACGGAUGAAGCAACACGCAAGUUCUUUGAAAGCCAUAAAUAUUUUGGUCUUGAACCUGAUCAAGUGACCUUCUUCCAGCAGGGUACGAUACCUUGUAUUUCAAUGGAUGGGAGAUUCAUCAUGGAAACUCCAUACAAAAUGGCAAAGGCUCCUGAUGGGAAUGGUGGAGUUUAUACUGCCCUAAAGUCUUCGAGACUAUUAGAAGAUAUGGCUGCACGAGGAAUCAAAUAUGUAGAUUGUUAUGGUGUGGACAAUGCACUUGUUCGGGUUGCUGAUCCCACUUUCUUGGGUUAUUUCAUUGAUAAAAGUGCUGCAGCUGCUGCAAAAGUUGUAAAGAAGGCCUAUCCACAAGAGAAAGUUGGUGUAUUUGUGCGACGAGGAAAGAAUGGCCCACUUGAUGUAGUUGAAUACAGCGAGCUAGAUCCUCUACUAGCUAGUGCAAUCAACCAGGAAACUGGACGUCUUCGCUUUUGCUGGAGUAAUGUUUGCUUGCAUAUGUUCACCUUGGAUUUUUUGAAUUCUGUGGCCAAUGGACUGGAGAAUGAUAGCAUUUAUCAUUUAGCAGAGAAGAAAAUACCAUCAGCUAAUGGAUAUACGGUUGGACUGAAACUUGAACAGUUCAUAUUUGAUGCCUUUGCAUAUGCUCCUUCCACUGCACUCUUUGAGGUUUUACGAGAAGAAGAAUUUGCCCCUGUAAAAAACGCAAAUGGGGCAAAUUUUGACACACCUGAUAGUGCAAGGCUGCUUGUUCUCCGCCUUCAUGCUCGAUGGGUGAUUGCUGCUGGUGGCUUUCUAACCCAUUCCGUGCCUUUAUAUUCUACUGGUGUUGAAGUUUCUCCAGUAUGCUCUUAUACGGGAGAGAAUCUGGAAGCUAUUUGCCGUGGUAGAACCUUUCAUGCACCAUGUGAAAUUACAUUUUGAAUUGAAUUUUGAGGCAUGUCAUUUUUUAUGAAAAGAUUAGAGUUGUAAACUUGUAAUCAUUUAUAUCAAUUUGAAUUUAGAUUUGUA